GGGGCUAUUUAAGCGUUGGCGGAGGGCGGGCUGGGUCGCUGCGCGUCUGUUCUUCCUUCUCGUGCUUCUGCUGCCUCCCUAAUCCUGCCUUGGCCAUGAGGGAGAUUGUGCUCACGCAGGCCGGGCAGUGCGGGAACCAGAUCGGUGCCAAGUUCUGGGAGGUGAUCUCCGAUGAACAUGCCGUCGACUCUGCUGGCACCUACCACGGGGACAGCCACCUGCAGCUGGAGCGCAUCAACGUGUACUACAACGAGGCCAGCGGUGGCAGGUACGUGCCCCGCGCUGUGCUCGUGGAUCUGGAGCCGGGCACCAUGGACUCUGUGCGCUCAGGGCCCUUCGGGCAGAUCUUCAGGCCGGACAACUUCAUCUUCGGUCAGUGUGGGGCCGGAAACAACUGGGCCAAGGGACACUACACAGAAGGCGCGGAGCUGAUGGAGUCAGUGAUGGACGUUGUCAGAAAGGAGGCGGAGAGCUGCGACUGCCUGCAGGGUUUCCAGCUGACCCACUCCCUGGGUGGGGGGACUGGGUCUGGGAUGGGUACCCUUCUGCUCAGUAAGAUCCGGGAGGAAUACCCAGACAGGAUCAUAAACACAUUCAGCAUCCUGCCCUCGCCCAAGGUGUCAGACACCGUGGUGGAGCCCUACAACGCCACCCUCUCAGUCCACCAGCUCAUAGAAAAUGCGGACGAGACCUUCUGCAUAGAUAACGAAGCGCUAUAUGACAUAUGUUCCAGGACCCUAAAACUGCCCACACCCACCUACGGUGACCUGAACCACCUGGUGUCUGCUACCAUGAGUGGGGUCACCACGUGCCUGCGCUUCCCCGGCCAGCUGAAUGCUGACCUGCGGAAGCUGGCCGUGAACAUGGUCCCGUUUCCGCGGCUGCAUUUCUUCAUGCCUGGCUUUGCCCCACUGACCAGCCGGGGCAGCCAGCAGUACCGGGCCUUGACUGUGGCUGAGCUUACCCAGCAGAUGUUUGAUGCUAAGAAUAUGAUGGCCGCUUGUGACCCCCGCCAUGGCCGCUACCUAACGGCGGCUGCCAUUUUCAGGGGUCGCAUGCCCAUGAGGGAGGUGGAUGAACAAAUGUUCAAUAUUCAGGAUAAGAACAGCAGCUACUUUGCUGACUGGCUCCCCAACAAUGUAAAAACAGCCGUCUGUGACAUCCCACCCCGGGGGCUAAAAAUGUCGGCCACCUUCAUUGGGAAUAAUACGGCCAUCCAGGAACUCUUCAAGCGUGUCUCAGAGCAGUUCACAGCAAUGUUCAGGCGCAAGGCCUUUCUCCACUGGUACACGGGCGAGGGCAUGGAUGAGAUGGAAUUCACCGAGGCCGAGAGCAACAUGAACGACCUGGUGUCUGAAUAUCAGCAAUAUCAGGAUGCCACGGCCGAGGAGGAGGAGGAGGAGGAUGAGGAGUAUGCUGAGGAGGAGGUGGCCUAGAACUCUCCUUUUCUAGGUAAAGGGGGGGAAGCAGUGUGGAUUCUUUACUGUGUUGACAGCCAUGUGUCACUACGCUCUUGUUCGUUUGUGUCUUCCCAUCUCCUCCUGCUGCAUUUUUUAAAGCAUUUUUAUAGUAUGUAGUUUUGCCUAAUAAAGU